AAAGUCUUUAGCGCAAAUUUUACAUUAACAUAAUAUAAAUAUUGUUAGCUACUUACUGUUAAUUUCUUACCUUAAAAAUUAAUAAUCUAAAUAUUUUAACUAACUUCUAUAAAAAUGAUGAGAGAUAAAUUGCAAUAUUUCUCAGUAGAAUCGUAGUAGAUACAAUAACCGGGAGAAACAUUUAGUAGGAGUAGAAGCUCUUAAAGUCACCACAAUCGCAGUACGAGUGGGGGAAAAAAGAAAGCUCAUUCUGAAGUACAAAUUAUAACUCCCACGAAAAAAGAAGAAAAUGAUAUUAAACAAAAUAUAUCUCAAAUUCUUAGCCAAAUUUUAUAACGAUCAAAUAACAUUCCAAUAGAAACAUAAUAAUAUUUCAAAGAAAGAUUCAAUUUAAAUUCCUCGUAGAACAACAGCUAAUCUCAUUAGAUCAGUAUUCAAGAUUUAUCUUCUUAGAACUAAACAUAAGCAUAUUCAUAAAAUCAAGACAAAUGCCAUAUGAAAUAAAAUUCGUUAGCAGAACUUUAGUAAAGAAAGGUUGCAUAGUUGCAACAAAUUUAAUAUUUAGAUGAAUUAAUUAAGCAAGAAAUUGAAUAAUAAAAUGAAGAUUAAGAACUAUAUGAAGUUAAUUAUUCUCCUUCAUUUCAUAAACCUGACUAGAAGCUCCAAGUACAAGACAUUUUAAAUAAUAAAGAAAAGUUUUAAAAUACUUAGUAAGAAGAGGAUAUUUAGAACAAAAUGCAUAAGAAUUCUUCUUAAAAACUUAACACCAGCUCUUCUUAAUCAACAUCUGUAUUAAAUAAUUCACAGAUAUUCAAGAAGAGAGCAGAAUCAGAAGGAACAUAAAGUGAAACAAAGCUAAGAUAUAAGUAGGAAAAGAUAUCUGACAGAUAAAUUUAUAAUAAAAAAGAUUUAACAAGCAUCAAUCAAGAGAGUAUUUCUCUGUAAGAUGGUUUAGGAAGUGAUAUUAAAAGAAUUAAAAAGUAAACUUAAAAAAAUAAACCAUUGACAGAAAAAAAAAUGAAUAGCCAGUAAUAAGAAAGCAAAAAGACUUUCAAUGAGUCUAAUCAAAAGCUUACAUCAACUUCAAAUAGAAAAUCUAUAUAUUCUUCCACAAGUAAAGCAUCUACGUCUACAAAAAGAAAUAUGAAUUCAACAAUAAGCUAUUAAGAGGAUGUUACUAUUUAUUAGAAGGUAUUAAGGUAAAGACACUCAUCACUAACAAGUGAAAAGUGUUCUUCAAAAAAUAAUAGCUCCUAAAAUAGAUAGUCUUAAUCUACAGUGCAUUUCUAAUCUGUAAAUAGCUAACCUAAACAAAAUGGAGGUCGUUAGUAUCAUUAUGAAUCAAUUAAAAAAGAAUUAUUUAAAGAUUUCUAGAGCUUUUCCGAUUAGUUUAUUUCAUAAAGUGCUUCAAAAAAUUAGAAUAGCACAAGUAAAAAUAAAAAUUCUGAUCAAAAAGAGAAUUUGCAGCAUUUGAAGGAGUAUAAAAAAGUCAUUUUGCAAUAACAAGAAUUAUAAAACAAAAAUUAAAUAAAAAAAUAACAACUUUAAAAGCAAUAAGAGAAACUCAACAAAGAUAUAAAUUAUUACAAGAAAUUGAAGGAUCUCGUUGAAUCAUUAAAAAAAGAUAACAAAAGAUUAGUUGAACCCCUCAACAACUAGGUAUAAAAGCAAGAAGAGCAGUAAAAAUUAGAAAUAAACUUAAAAAAGUAAGAAUUUUAAGUAAAGUAGUUAGAAAGGGAAAAUCUUAGCUAUUAAACUCAAAUAAAAAAAGCUUUAAAAGAGCUUUAAUACUGGUAAAGUAAAGAUAAACCUAAAGAAGUGAGAGUUAGUCUGAAUGGAUCUGCAUAGUCUUCUGUUUUUAGUUGUGAUUAACCUUAAAUUAAUAUAAAAAUUAGUUAAUCUGACAUUUACAGUGCUUUAACCAGUAAUAUUUAUAAUGGUUAAACUUAUAACUAAUGA